GUUACACAUUUAUUGAGGCUGAAGCACGUAUUUGCUCUUCUAAAAUGUCAAGAAUUGUCGAGAUAUUGUCCCAUCCGCAUACUAAAAUAACAAUAGCUACAAUAACGGCUUGCAUUGUUGCCGGUGGCGUUGUUUACUACUUUAAGAAGAAUCAGCUAUGUUUCUUUAAGGAAAAGCCUAAGAAGUGGAAGAAAGUCGGUGUGAUUUCUCAUAAUUUGUGGAUCUUCCCUAUCAAGUCUUGUGGACCGAUUGUUUUGAACGAGUUUGAAUGUAGCAACAUCGGACCUGAAAAUGGACACCUUAGAGACCGUACAUUUAUGGUGAUUCGUGAAUCAAAUAAUGAGUUUGUGUCUGCACGAACGUAUCCAAAAAUGGUCCUCAUAAUCCCGAGGAUCAAAGGAAAUAUAAUGAGAGUACUGGCACCUGGUAUGGACGAGAUUCAAAUUGAUAUCGAGAAAUUGUAUAAUAAUAAGCAAAUGUUGACUGUAACAAUUUGGAAGGAUGAAGCUUCAGUUAUAGACUGCGGUGAUGAGGCAGCUAAAUGGUUUUCAAAGUUCCUCCUCAAUAAAGAUGAUGGAUUUAGGCUUAUCUUCUAUCCAUCAAAGGAACCUAAGCCACAUAUUGUCCCAAAAGGAUACAAAUUCAAAACAGCUGAUAGAAUUGACACUGGAUCGUUGCAUGACGAAACGUCCUAUAUGAUUAUGAAUGUUAAUUCUGUUGAGGAAUUAAAUUCUCGACUUGACAAGCAAGUCACGCCAUUACAAUUCCGUCCGAACUUUGUUGUUAAAGGGCCGGAAGCAUGGGAUGAAGAUGAGUGGAAAUGGGUAAAAAUUGGCAAUGACGCGACAUUUAAAGUUAUACAACCGUGUACUCGUUGCUCGCUUACUACUAUUGAUCCGUCAAGUGGUGAAAGGAAUAAGAAUGAAGAGCCACUCAAGACUUUGAGGAAAUAUCGUCUUUUUCCUAAUAUUUCUCCUACUUCACCCAUAAUGGGUAUUCACUUGGGCUUAAGACAUUCUGGAACUAUCAGAAAUGGCGAUUCAGUUUAUGUUGCAUAUUGAAUGACAAUUUAAAUUUACAGGAAAUCAUGAAAUUUUACUCAAAGCUUUCAAUUUUACAAAAUAAAAGGGGAAAUUAAAAGAAAAGAAAUGCAAAUACUCAAGUGCUUUAAUUAAAUUUAGUAUUGUCGUCUAUUUCGCUGGUCACGGUCUCUAUCUCUUUCUCUCUCACGAUCUCUGUCUCUGUCGUGCCUAUCGUUUCGUUGAUCUUUUGAACGCAUUCCUGUAUUUGGACUUGGUGUUGUAAUGUUUAUAUCCAAAUAAUCUCCAAUCUGGAACUUUGCUUGCGAUAAUGUCUUGUUAUCAUCUGCACCUCUUUGUCCACUACAAGUUACACCAAUUUCACGCAUACGAUAUGAUCCAGAGCGAUUAUCAGGAAAAACGAGAGCAAAAUCAAAGUAAGUUCCCUUCUUUCGUGUGUCUGGAUUAACAUCUCGAAUCAAUUGUGUUAAUUCUUUUAAUGAUGCAUCAAGCCAUGUAUAUAUUUGCAAUUCAUUCGAAGGUGCACUUCCAUGGGAAUAUUCAUUCAUUGAAUGAUGUCUGCCUGAUGAGGAACAGAAUACUCGAAGAAGCAAUGGACAUGUCUUUUCACGAUCAAUUUCUGAACGAUUUUCCUUUGGUUUUUCUUCUACAAUCAUUGAUUCGACUCCUGCCAUGGCUUAUGAUAUCCAAUUUACUGUAUUUCUGUUAUUAUUUUAAUUGAUAAAUUUAAUCGAUGAAAUGUUUACUCGAAGAAAG